CAGGCGGCGCGGCUCCAUUGUGGGCACGCUCGCAGCCCAUUGGCUGGCGGCCGCGGCCGGGCCUCGCUCCCCGCCCGCUGACACAAAGCGGGUCCAAGAUGGCGGAGGCGGGCGCGGGGAGCCCGCACGGCGGGGACGCGGCGCCACCGGGGCCGCCCGAGGAGCAGGAGCUGAGCCGGCGCCUCCGCCGCCUCUACCCCGCCGUCAACCAGGACGAGACGCCGCUGCCACGUUCCUGGAGCCCCAAGGACAAGUACAACUACAUCGGCCUCUCGCAAGGCAACCUGCGCGUCCACUACAAAGGUCACGGUAAAAAUCACAAAGAUGCUGCCUCGGUCAGGGCCACUCACCCCAUCCCUGCAGCCUGUGGCAUUUAUUACUUUGAAGUGAAGAUCGUCAGUAAAGGUAGAGAUGGGUACAUGGGAAUAGGACUUUCUGCUCAAGGAGUCAACAUGAACAGGCUUCCUGGAUGGGAUAAACAUUCUUAUGGGUACCAUGGUGACGAUGGGCACUCCUUCUGUUCCUCGGGGACAGGGCAGCCCUAUGGCCCCACAUUCACCACUGGAGAUGUGAUUGGCUGCUGUGUCAACCUCAUCAACAAUACCUGCUUCUACACAAAAAAUGGCCACAGUUUAGGUAUAGCCUUUACAGACCUCCCUUCAAACCUCUACCCUACAGUGGGUCUCCAGACUCCAGGAGAGAUCGUGGAUGCCAACUUUGGGCAGCAGCCCUUUGUGUUUGACAUUGAGGACUACAUGAGGGAGUGGAGGGCGAAGAUCCAGAGCACCAUUAAGCGGUUUCCCAUAGGAGACAGGCUGGGAGAGUGGCAAGCCAUGCUGCAGAAUAUGGUUUCGUCAUAUUUGGUUCAUCAUGGGUACUGUUCAACAGCAACUGCCUUUGCCAGAGUCACAGACACCACAAUCCAGGAAGAACAGACCUCAAUAAAGAAUAGACAAAGAAUACAGAAGCUAGUAUUAGCAGGCAGAGUGGGAGAGGCUAUAGAAGCCACCCAGCAGCUCUAUCCUGGCCUCCUAGAACAUAACCCCAACCUGCUCUUCAUGUUAAAGUGCCGGCAGUUCGUGGAGAUGGUGAACGGCACCGACAGCGAGGUGCGCUGCUUCAGCGCCCGCAGCCCCCGCUCCCAGGACAGCUACCCCGGCUCCCCCAGUCUGAGUCCCAGACAUGGAUCCAGCAACUCACACCUCCACAGUACUGGAGCAGAUAGUCCAACCUGUAGCAAUGGAGUCAUGUCCACAAAAAGCAAACAGAGUCACAGUAAAUACCCAACACUGAGUUCAUCAUCUUCAUCUUCCUCCUCCUCUUCCCCUUCAUCUGUGAACUACUCGGAGUCCAAUUCCACAGAUUCUACCAAAUCUCAGCAGCACAGUAGUACGAGUAAUCAAGAAACCAGUGACAGUGAGAUGGAAAUGGAGGCUGAACAUUACCCCAACGGAGUCCUGGAGAAUUCAUCCACCAGGAUAAUGAAUGGCACUUAUAAACAUGAGGAGAUCCUGCAGACAGAUGAGUCCAGCAUGGAAGACAGCUGCCCCCAGAGGCAGCUCUGUGGAGGGAACCACGCUGCCACAGAGAGAAUGAUCCAGUUUGGGCGGGAGCUGCAGAUUCUGAGCGAGCAGCUUUGCAGAGAGUAUGGGAAGAACACCAUGCACAAAAAGAUGCUUCAGGAUGCCUUUAGCUUGUUAGCUUACUCAGACCCUUGGAACUGCCCUGUUGGCCAACAGCUGGACCCGAUCCAGAGGGAACCUGUGUGUGCUGCUCUCAAUAGUGCUAUUUUGGAAUCUCAGAACCUGCCAAAGCAGCCCCCGCUGAUGCUCGCCCUGGGCCAGGCCUCGGAGUGUCUGCGGCUCAUGGCCCGCGUGGGGCUGGGCUCCUGCUCCUUCGCCAGAGUGGACGAUUAUUUGCACUGACAGCUGGGCGGGACGGAGCUGCUGUGGAGUGCUGCCCUUCACCCUCUGCUGCUGCCACUCUGCACCACCACCUCCCUGCCACCAACACCCCUGUAGCACACACACACUGCCUGUGCAAGGACUGAGUGAGUCCCUCACCGUGUGGCCGUUCUGAGCCCGGGGAGUCUGGCAGGUCUGACCCAUCUCGCUGCCGCUGCUGCGGCUCCAGCGGCGCUCAGUAUUUCGCUGGUUAUUCUAAUGUAGCACCUUCUGAUGUAGGGAUUUUUCUCUUUGUUUUGAUUUGAGUUGUUUCUCAUGGUUCCACCAAUAUUUUAUCUGGAGAGUUUUGCUGAGCUGGUUUAUGCUGAUUUACUGAGGAAGCUCAUCAAGUUGGUGACAGCUUGUUCUUUUCUUCCCUUCUCCCUCCAUCGUGCACAUACGGCAUCAUCCGUGCUAGUAAUCCGAACUCUUCUCACAGUGGCAGUUCAGAGGGAUUUUUUUAUUUUAUUUUAUUUGAAUCAUGUUUAUUAAAAAGGUCUCUUCCACCUCCACAAAGUCAUUGAUGUAUUUAUUGCCCACAGACUCUGUCCCAGCCACACACACCAUACAGCCCCUCAGGAGGCCGGGUGAGGUAGGUCCUGUCACACACGAAUGAUGGAAAUUGGAGGAGCCUGGUCCUUCAUGGUGCCUCUCUUCAGAGCCCAAGGCUCUCAAUCUUGGCUUUGUGAGUGGGAAGAGUAGAAGAUUAACACUGCCUGUGUUGGUGAUUGUGCUGUAGAAGCAUCUCAUAGCCCUGAGAAGGAGUUUAAUCCAGCUCUCUGAACAGCUGAGGGACAGGACUGAUGAAUAUGAAGUCAUCUGCCACUGUAUGGUAGAACCAGGUCAUGUGAGUUGGCCAGAAACAUCCGUGGGCGAUGCCCUGGUGGGCUGACACUUUUUAAUUAAAUAACAAAUCCCCCAUUUUUCUCCAUGGAGGAGGGCUCUGCCACUAACUCAAUAAUAAAAGUAUUUCCUGCCCGCUCCCAUCUCUGUAACACUGAUCUAAAUGAGCACUUCUAAAUUUUGGAAGUGUCUGGAGAAACCUGGGCUGAGCUGUGCUUGUCCUUGCAGGUGGGACAAGCUGAGGUCAGGUUGCAGGUUGGGGUCAGUACCAGCUCUGUGGGGCCUGAGCCAUUCAGAAAGGAGCAGCAGUGUUUCUUUAGGGAUUAUUAAGAUAAUUACUGAAGUUUCAGUCCCAAAAGAGACCAGCAAGGAUCUGUGGGUGAGUAACCUCUGAGUAAAAUGGACUGAUGUGUCCAUGCUGUGUGCCAAGCCCAGGGACUUGAGUGCUAAUAAGCAUUCAGACCACCCAGGAGUGUUUCUAAGCUUCUGUUACCUGGCCAGGCUGCCUGGUAGCACUGUGUGCUUUGCAUCCUCUGCUGCACCAUUAGGGGAUGGCAGGUUCAGCCUGGCAGGUUCUGCACCAAAUUAAUUUUAGGUCAGUAUCUCUGGGGAGGACCCAAGGAAGCUCAAACCAAACAUGAAUUUUACUGCUGUUCACAAAUUUUACUUUUUUUUUUUUGAAGGUCAGUGAAGGAUGACCAGGUUUUGUUGAGGUUUGUCCUUAAAUUGGAGGUUAGUCUGUGCCAGGGCUUCAAGCACCAAGAGAGUUUGUGUGCCACUGAGAGAGAAAGUAGCAGCAGCCCAAAGCUUUAAGGAUUUUCUGGGUUUGCAGGAUGGAUUUGCAGCUGGCAUAUGAGGUCUGAAAUCAAGACAGAGCCGGGGGCAGGUGCCAGGACAGGCUGUGGCAGUGAAUGUGCAGAUGGUAUUGGAGGUGGCUGAGAACAUUACCCCUGUCUUUUGGUGAAGGUGUGCAGUGUGGAGGGGCAGUAGUCUAAGAAAGCAGGAGGUUUAGAGCUGCAGGAGAUGCUUUAAUCAGAUCACUGGUACAGCUGCAAAGAGCAGGGGGAGCUCUACCACAGCCUUUCUUCCAGGGAGGCAGAGAGCUGCACCAAGCAGAAUUUAACUUGCCAGUCUGGGGCUUCUGUUCCAGCUCUUCUCCAGGAACAGCUCCUGUGCCUGAAAGCUCAUCUGUUGAUUGCCAGCUCUGCUGAUGGAUCUUAGCCCAGCCUGCUGUCCUUGCCUUGCUGCAGGUGCAGAGAUAACUCAGUGGAAAGGUUUCCUUCCCAAGGCCUCACGUCCCAGAUGCCCCAGAGCUCUGCCUGGUGGGAUUCUCCUGCAGGCUUUCCAUUCCUUAGGCUGACAGCACACUCCUGGGCUCAUUCUUGGUACUGAGGUACUCCAGGACCUUUCUUUGCCUUCCCCUUCUGGCAGCUUCCUCUGCUUUUGGUCAUCACUUGCAGCAGUCUGGCUGCAGUCAGACCUCUCUCUCAUCUUCAUAGCAACACCAUCUUUAUCUUUCUGAGGGUUUUUUUAUUCCUUCUCUUUGUGGUUUCUUUGAGCCAAGUCUCCUCAUCAUGUGUCAUAUUAAUGCCCCAUUUGGUCUCUCAGCAAAACUUUGCUGACUGUCCUAGAGCACCUUUUUUAUUUUGGUUUCACUACCAAAAAAAAAAACCAACAAAACCAACCAAGAGAUAUUCCUAGAUAUUUGGUUAUUUUGGUGCCAAGAAAUGUGUGAUGGAUGUUAUUUGGGAUUUUUUAAUUUACUUCAAGUGUUCUGGUGGUUUCACCAGUGGUUUCUGCUUCUUGUACUCAGAUUCUGACUAAUGUGGCCAUGACUCAGUAUAGGGAAGAUAAGUGUGUUUGUGGUGUGAUGUAGGUCCCAACCUACCCCUGAUUCCUAGAUGGGAUUUCUGAUGUGGUUUUCUCAGGUUGUAUUUCAAAGCCUCUUGCCUUUGAAUCUCCCUGGCUGCUCUUUGAUGGUUCAUGUUAACUGAAACUUGGAUUAUUGCAGUAGUUUUUAAAAACAGAGAUAAAGUGAAAUGGGGUCUACAGCACUGAAUGUGGCUGUACACCUAACCAGAGGCUACAUGGCAAUUCAGAAGUUACUUUUAUAAAAAUGAUUCGGGUUUUUUUCUUCCAAGUGCCUCAAACAAGUCCCUGCUCCCAAGAGUCCUUCAGUACAGCCAUGUUUUACUGUGGAGCCUGUAGGAGAAACUGCUGGUGUGUGGUUGUCUCACAGGUUGCUCUCUGCUGGCUUCAGAUGCUGGGAGGUGUUCCAGAGCUCAGCUGGACCCUGCACAAGCAGCAUUCCUCAGCCCCAGGAGAGGCUCUCCAGCUGAGUGUCCUUCCAGGACCUGGGGAAUGCCUCUGAAUGCUGGGAUAACUGAACCUUUUCCAGCUCUGCUGUGGCUGCACUCAGAGGGUCUCAGCUGUCCCCAGUCAGUUCAGAGGCACCAUCAAAGAGCUGUGAUCUAGAGAGCAGCAAGCACACUCCAGCUCUGUACUCUGGACACCCCACCCACCUUCCUGGCCCUUGGCACUGCAGCAAAGGCCUUGCAGAAGGAAAACAUUUCACAGGGACCUGGUGGAACCUAAUUUCAGGCCUGCACAAUCCUGAGCUUUGGGUUUGAGUCCAGUGCCCUGCCUGUUAAAGUGGCCUUUUGAGAGGAGCAUUUUGGGAGCUCCAGACAUGGAGCCUUGGUCAAAGUGUCCUUCAGGGGUUCUGUGGAGAGACCUUCAUGGAGCUGAACUACUUCACCAGGCUUCCCUCCCCAUGGACAAGGGUUUGGAGAGCGUCAGGAAUACAUUGGGAGAACUUUGGAGUGAGAUGCACACUUUGCAGUAGCUGGGGUUAAGUGUUUCUUGGAGGAGUAUCCACCUCAAACACCUGGUUCUCCAGCCUGCGACCAUCUUAGUGGCUCUGCUGGGUGCAUUCCUGUUUGUGGGUAUCUCUGCUCUACCAGGGGAGCCAAAUCUUGUUCCUCCUGUUCCUCUUGGAGCCAUCUUGUUCCAAAUGAUUCCUCUUGUUACUCCAUGAGCCUACCCUAGCAAGUAUUUAACCAAAGGUAUUUCAAGACUUAGAGGUUUGGGAGAGCUCUCAGUCAAGCUGUCCUCUGAGCAGGGAGGGCAGCAAUCUAACUCCUGUGCAUCCUGCAGUGUGCUCCCAGAGCCAGCUGCUUUUGGGAAAACUUACUGCUACCAGCAAUCCUUUCUUGCUUCUCUGCCUCCCACAAUCCCAGUAUUCCCCAGCUGCAUGGCCACAGUGCUGUCUGCAGUGCAGGGUGCUGUGGGAGCUGCUCCAAGACCAGGGCCAGCUCUGUGGCUCAUGUCUGUGCCAAACAGAGAUGUGGCAACUCCCAACUGCCCUUCCUGCCUUGUUCUUCCCUGCUGGCCCAGAGGGGCAGGUCCCCAUGUGAGAGUCCCUUUGUGCCACCCCUCAGCCUGCAGCUGGGCUGGCUGCAGCACUUCUUCCAUUCCUCUGGAGUCUCUUGGGAGCUGAGCCCUUGUGUGUGGCCAGCAGAACAGAGAGGCACUCCAGUGAAGCCCUGGGCAAUGCACAGCACCCAGCCCUUCAGGGGAGGUUGUCCAGUGGAUGCUCUCCCUCAGCCCCAUGUGAACCAAAGCUGGAGCUUGUUGCCUUGGGAUGUGUGGCAGGUGUGUGGUGAAAGAUGGGAGCUACAGCCCCUUUCUGUUUCCAUCAUCCUGGUGGUCCUCUCUGUGCUGCUGCCCACUGAGAGGUGCAGCUGUGGCUGGCAUGGAGAAUGGGCCUCUCUGGGAGUAUCAUUCCUCAUGCUUACCUAAACCUGGGAUCUUCCCAUAUCUUUCCUUCUCUUUUUCACAGUGACAUCUCAAUCUGUCCUCAAGCUGUGUCCUUGUUUUUCACAUUUUAUUAAGGCAUCUUUACCAUUCUUUAAAUAGCUUUGUUCUUGAGGCUGCCUUGAAAAACUGGAGCAACCAGAGCUGCUGGAGGUAGUUCUAGGGAUUGAAUGUAUCAUUUUCCACCUUGGGUAUCAGGGAUGAUGAACAUCUCCUCCUUCAGCAAAGAAACCAGGCUGGACUGCAGCUGUGCUUUGGUACCUGUCUGUGUUAACAUGUAGCACGUGUUGCUUAGACACACAUUUCAGAGUUCUGCUGUCCUGGGCUUGAUGGAGAAGGUGGCCUGUGGCAGCCAGGCUGUAGAGCAGUGUGUAAGUGCCAUGAAGCUGUCUGGUGCACCUCAUGGGGUCAGGAAGUUCUCCCUGUAAGAAGCAGUGCAGACUUGAACUGUCCUGUGGCAGAGAAAGAGGUCCCUCACUCUCCAGUCCUGGGUGCAGCGAGGCCCCGUGGAGCUGGUGACAGCCUGGGAGAAGAGCAGGGGCUCCUGGUCCACCCAGGAGUGCCCUUUGCAAGGGAGCAUCUUCCUUCCAGCCCUGCCAGUGUGAGAGCAGCCUCAGUGGUGGGGCAGGAGAGAGCAGGUAGAGAGCAAGUGUUGGGUCUCUGGCUGUACCAAGGUGUUUCUGCAGAAGGACUUGGUGGGGACAUGCUGGGUGCUGCUGGGACCCUUCUGCCCCAGAGGGAUGAGUGAGGGAGGGACCUGCAAUCCAGCAGUUCUUGGUCAGAUCCAGAGCUGGCUGUGAGCCUUGUCCCAUCUGCUGUGCAGGGGCAGAGCUGGAGGAAGUGUUGCUGGGGCUGUGUGAGGGGAGCUACAGCAGAUUUGGGAGGAAAAGGGAGGAGCUGAGAGCCUGAAGGCCUCUUCCAUAGCCAGCACGAGCUGCUUUCCACCAUCCUUCUCUGCAACAAGAGGUGGCAGGUGAUGGAUGAGUGAACCUGGCAUGUCUGUCCCUCUCCCCACAUCCCAGACCAAAGCUCAGAGCCUGCAACUUGAGCUGGAGCAGUGCCCAGCAAGCCAGGGCAUCAUCCAGGCUUGAGGAGCACAUGCACAUCCUGCCAGCUCUUUUAUUUGCGAGAGGGAAGCUUAACUCUCUCCUGGUCACAGGAAACCCACAAGUGCUGUGUGGAAUUUACACUCAGAUCACCACAGAAACAUUCCUGGAGGCCGUGCAAACCUCUGCUCCUUGCUGAAGGUCCCAUGGCCAGGCAGACACCUUUUCUCUGGUCACUCCACUUGGGUCCAGGCUUGUGCUUGGAUGUUUUUGCUCGGCAGGACUUCAGCCACAUCCUUCCUCCAGAAGGGAGCACAGAGGGAUUUUUGUAUGCUGGGCUUCUCACAGGCUUAGACUUGGAGAAAGGAGAAGCAGCAGCAGCUGUGGGGAUAAUCCAGAUUUUAAAGAAAAUUUGAAAAUUCACAACUAUGGUGACUUCCAGACCAAGGACUGGACUGGCGCUGGAUUGGGAUCGUGUCUCAGUCCUGCCUGUGCAGCUGGGGAGGCAGGAGAAGGCUGCAGCCCCUGAAGCUCUCACACACAGCAGUGCAAGCCCCAAGACCUGCUCAGCACACAGUGAACUCUCCUCUCCUGCUGGUUGCUCAAAACUCAGGUAUGAAAUGCUCAGCUGGAGCAUGGGGUGCGAGCUCUCUGCAGGUUUCCCGGCAGCCCUGCAGGAGCAGCCACUGCUGGGCACAGCUCCCUGUGCCACUCCAGCCUUCUGCAGGCCCUUGGAAGGGAGUUUCACCUCUUGGGUACAACAUUGGCUACGUGGACGUUACACAAACUGUGCACAUUGGUUCAGUCUACGCUUAGUAUUUGUGAAUUAAGUUAUCUGAUGCUUCGCAUGAAAACUUCAAAAAAGGGGCUCGGGGGGGUUGAUUUUAACUGAGAAAAAGCCUAUGAAAAUAUACUGGAAAUAUGGUAAAGAAAUUGACAUUCUGCUGUAUAUUGACAGAAUUAUUUUUAUUAAAAUACACAUCCAUGUGCAAGA